CAUUUUUUAGAUGUCUACAUUGUACACGUGUUCGAUCAGUGGUGAACCAGCGGAAGUACCCGUUGUAUCGCCCGUUUCUGGGCGGAUUUUCGAAAAACGACUUAUUGUCAAAUAUGUUAAUGAAAAUGGCACUGACCCAUUUAAGAACGAAGCGCUUACAAUAGAUCAGUUAGUUGAAAUCAAGACCGAUGUGGCGAAUUCGAUGCCACGUACUAUUGCGGCAACAUCAAUACCAUCAAUGUUGAAAGUACUACAAGAUGAAUGGGACGCAUGCAUGCUCAAUAGUUUCAUGUUACGUGAACAAUUACAAAAUGCACGUCAAGAAUUAUCACAUACAUUAUAUCAGCAUGAUGCCGCUUGUCGUGUGAUUGCGCGUUUGUCAAAAGAAUUGAAUGCUGCACGUGAGGCACUUUCAACACUGAAACCACAAGCAGCGGUUGAUGUUGGCAGUAUACAAGAUGAAAUGGAAACAGUAGAUGAAGGUGUGCAAGGAAUCAACGAAGUGGUGCUGAAAAAGUUACAAGACAAAGCAGCUACAUUAACAGCUGCACGAAAACAACGUGGGAAGAAUUUGCCGGAAGCAUUGUCAAAACCGGAGUUAGUAAAGACAUUUACGCAGAUAGCAUGCCAUACCGGAAUUCAUAGUACAAGUGUGCCUGGGUUGACGGCUCUUGACGUUCAGGAUAAUAUGGUACUGACUGGUGGAAUUGACAAAGGUGUUGUUUUGUUUAAUAGUGAAACAGAAACAGUUACAGCAACAUUCAGAGGUCAUCAGAAAAAGAUAUCGGCCGUUAUUCUGCACCCAACGAAGGAAACAUGUCUUUCGGCAUCUUCUGACGGACAGGUUCGAGUUUGGUCCAUCAAAGAGGAAGCUUGUUGUCAUGUAAUUGAAACUCAUGAAAGUGCCGUCACAGAUAUAUCGUUGCAUGCUACUGGUGACUAUGUCCUAUCUGUUUCGAAUGAUUCUUCUUGGGCUCUCUCUGACAUUCAUUCUGGAAAGACUCUCUGCAGAGUGCAUUCCGAUGAUAAGAACAAGGUGCCAAUUUGCUGCGGACAGUUCCAUCCAGAUGGUCUUAUUUUUGGUACUGGAACAGCAGACUCCAUAGUAAAGAUUUGGGAUUUGAAGGAGCAAACAAAUGUUGCGAACUUCCCAGGCCAUCAAGGUAUGGUGAAAGCAAUUGCAUUUUCUGAAAAUGGUUACUAUUUGGCGACAGGAGCCGAGGAUGGUGAAGUGAAGUUAUGGGAUUUAAGAAAAUUAAAGAGCUUCAAAACAAUGACAAUUAAUGAAGGGAAGCAUACGCUUUCGGGAAUUUGUUUCGAUCAGUCAGGUACUUAUUUGGCAGUGGCAGGAGCUGAUGUGCAAGUGAUACAUGUUAAGCCUUGGACAGUACUUUCUACAUUAACGGAACAUAAGGAUGCAGUUACAUCGGUACGAUUUGGACGUGAUGCGCACAGUGUUCUAUCAGUUGGUAUGGACCGUUCGUUACGCAUCUAUGCUCCAUCACAACAGUGAUUGGAGUUUCCAGUUUGGAACUGUUUAUUUGCAAAUAUAUUGGUUCGACUUGAGUUCUGAUUAAAUGCUGAAAUUAAUUUUCGGUCUGACUUUUCCAACUGAUUGAAUUCAAAACAUGUUUUCCCAAUUCUUUAAUUUCAUUUCAUUUUACUUUCUUCAUAAUAUAAUUUGUUUGAUAAAUUUAUCCGAAGCGUUUUAAGGAAUUGUUGAAAUAAUGCAGAUUUGUUCCUAAAUACUGUACCUAAAACGUAAUGAAGUAAUGUUACAUUGAUCUGUCAUUAAUUCCAAAAUAUUUCAGGAAAUAUUACUAAUUCGUUGUUUGUUUGUUCAUUAGUUUCAUGCGCAUCCUAUUUAUAAACAACACUAAUAGCAGUCAAUACGGAAUAUUACUUUCAUUUUCUCCCGUAAUGGAAUUUCCAACGAAAACAGAUAUUUCGUAAUUGAGCAAAUGCCUGGAAUUAAUUGAAAUGUCGUAGUGUUUUAUUGCUUGAACAAGGUAUCAGUAAAUGUGUAGCAUAGUAAUCUCAGGAAAAAUGCUAAGACUAAGGUGGAAAUUGAAUUUCUUCGUAAUAGAUUCCAUAAACUAAUCAACGGGAAGAUCGUAAUGGUUACGUAGAUAAUACUGCUGACUCUUAAUUUUUGUUCUAACUAUGCCACUGCUAAAAAAUGUAUUACAA